AUGAGGAUAAUAGUUCGCUACCUAGAGCAAAAUAUUGAACUAAUCGUCGACGCUAAUGCUAAGGUCAAAGAUCUUCAAUUAGAAAUCAGCAGAAUCACCUCAAUACCUCCAAAUUUGCAAAAAUUAAGUUUUCUUAAUUCAGGGAAUAAAGUAUCCCAUCUAUAUUAACUUCACCAUAACUUUUAACACGCCAAUUCAUCUUUAUUCCCCAAACCAGCAUUAUCCUUCCCAAUUCUACUAUCACCCUUACCAUAAUUUUCUUAAAAAUAAUAUAGGCAUUCCUCCCUUCUUCCUCCAAGCUGUCCUAUUACAACAUCAAAGACCGCAGUGUCUUAUUUCUCGAGCAAGUAAUUUCUACAUAGAAAACCAUUGAUAACCCUCAAUCCCCUGACGAGGACGUCCGCAUUGUCAGAAGAUACUCCCACCAAGCUUCCCAAGACGAAAUUGGGACUAUUUAUCAAGAACAAAAUGCCCAUAGAGCUAUGAGCUAUUGUUAUGAAAGCGAAAAUUCAAAUAACCUCGCUGAAUGGGUCACCAAAGCUGUUAUUGCUUGUAGAGAAGGCAAUGCAGAAGGCCUAAUAGAGACUUUACAAGACUACCAGGUCUGAAGAGGCAGCAAGUUACAAGAAGAAGAUGUAGGAGAGCUUUUAAAUAGUCCUUAUAAUGGCCAAUGAAGCUGCAUUCACUAUGCCUGCUAUAUGAAUCAUGUAAAUAUUCUGAAAGAGCUAUUAGAACUUGGAGUAAACUGUAAUAAUAUUACUGACGACCAAUGGACACCUUUGCAAAUUUCAGCUUACCAAGGGAAUAUCCAUUGUGUAGAGCUUUUUUAGGUAUUAAAAAAGGGUAAAUAAUUAUUUUUUAAAAAAAAAAUUACUGUAAUUUAUUCAUACUCCGAGCUUUUAUUGGCACAUCCACUUAUACAGAUUAACUUAAUGACUGCAGUUAGAGGGUCAGCCCUACAUAUGGCAGCUGUAAGAGGGCAUUUUGAGAUAGUCAAACUCCUAUUAGAAAAUAAAGCUGAUAUAGGAUUAGAAGACCCUGAUCAUAAAACUGCCCUGGAACUGUCUUCUGAUAGAAAAAUUGCAGAAUUGAUCCCUAAAUAUAACGGAGUAAAAAUGCUAGAAAGGUUUGGCCAGAAAAAUUAUGAAAAACCGCUAGGGUUUUGUGGAGAAGUUUGGAGCACUGGGACAUGGCAUAUAAACGAUAAAAUUGUGUUUUUGAUACUGGACUCAGAAAAAGGCAAAUUUAUGCAUUAUGAUCAGAGAGAUUCAUAUAUAGAAGAAAAGCAGCCUGAAAUAACAGUGCCUUUUGAAGAUAUCACGAAGGUGAUUGCUGAUGAAGUUUUAAAUGAUAAAUAUGCUAUUUUUUAAUAUUUUUAAUAAAUAAUUCGCAGUGAUUUCCUAUUUUUUAGAAAAAUAUAAUAAAAACUUCAAUAUAAGCUUUUUAUUUUAUAUAUAAAAAUAUACUUUUUUUCAGUUAUAACAAAAGAUAUUACCUUGAAAUAUUAUACACAGUAUCAAGAUAUGACUGAAGAAUGGACCAGAAGGGUUGACUGAUGCAUAGUCUAUUUUCACCAUGAAGCCAGACUAAAAAAUGCCAAAGCAUUUACAGUCCCAAAAAAAAUUCCAGUAAAAUCACAGAAAAAAAUUGUAUAUGAAGAAGAGCCAUAUGAAAAUAUAGGAGAAUCUGCAAUUAAAAAAAGCAGCUUUGAAAUAUUAGGGGAGAUUGGAUCUGGAAGCUUCGGAAAUGUAUAUCAAGUAAGGAAAAAAGAUUCAGGCGAAAUUUUUGCAAUGAAAGCGCUGAGUAAGCCUAUGCUGAUUUCGAAAAAUCAGCUGAAAUAUGCGGUGGCUGAGUGUAAAAUAUUGAAAGCCAUUAUACCAUUUUUAUAUAAAUAUAUAUAAUUAAUUUAGAAUUUUAAAAUUAUAGCUUUUUAUAUGCAAAAGUUAUAAAUUCCCAUUUAUUGUUAGGCUUUAUUGAGCCUUUCAAUCACAAAGCUACCUUUAUAUGAUAUUGGAAUUCUGCCCAAAUGGCGACUUUUCCAGUCUGCUACAACUAGCUGGCCAUUUAUCAACAGAAGUCGCGAAAUUUUAUAUCGCAGAAAUGAUUCUUGCUAUUGAAUAUCUCCAUUCUUUUGAUAUCAUUUAUAGAGACCUCAAGCCUCAAAACUUGCUGCUGGACAGUGAAGGGCAUAUAAAACUGACUGAUUUCGGCCUUUCUAAAGAAAAUGUUUCAGACAAUGAGCCAGCAAUGUCUUUUUGUGGGUCUCCUGCUUAUCUACCUCCUGAAGUUUUAGCACAAACUGGUUGUGGGAAAUCAGCUGAUAUAUAUAGCAUUGGGACUAAUUUAUAUGAAAUGCUGGUAGGAAAGCCUCCGUUUUAUACAGAAAAUGUAGCUAAGCUUUACAAAAGAAUUAGUAAGUCAAGCAUUAAGUUUCCUGAGGAUAUUAAUGAAGAUGCGAUGGAUUUAAUACAAAAAGUUAUGGUAAAAAAUCCUGAGGAGAGGCCUUUUAUUCAUGAAGUCAAAGCACAUAGAUUUUUUGAAGGGGUGGAUUGGGAUAAUAUGCUGCAAAAAAAGAUGACACCUCCUAUCAAUAUAAAAAAUCUAAGAAAUCUACGAUCUUCACAUGUGAUUUCUUAG